CACAUCCACAAGUCCAACGAGAAGGCCAAUCAUCAGGCGGCAGCCAUGAACAGGAAGAACAUCAGCCCCAGUCCCAGUGCGCCGUCCUGUUCGUUUCGUAGCGGCUUUCUGCGAAGACGCAACGUGCUCGAUGCGGACAGUGAGCCAUCGACCAGCCAGCAGGCAGCAGAGGCCAGGCAGAAUGCCUCCACCUCCUCCAUGGAGAUUACCAUUGCCAGUGGCAAGGCAAAGCACCGGGGCAAGGCCCGCAAGGAUAUGGAGAUUGAGGCUAGAGUUGAGGUGCUCGAGGACAUGAUACCCAUGUCGAUCAACCGAGCAGGUUUGCCGGUCGUGCGGCCAGAUUUGGAGCAGGCGCCUACGGAUGAUAGGAAUGGCGGGAGGAAGGGAGAUGGGGUCGAUACACGCGUGUCCUUUGAUGAAAGGCCUCCCGAUAGGCCACAAUCCAAGUCGCGGUUCAGCUUAUUUUCCAGAGGAAGCUCUAUCAGCUUAACUGGAUGGCGUAGUCAUCGCGGAACGGUGUCAUCCAUUGCCACGCCCAUAGCGCUGGGGGCCUCCAUGGUGGUGCUGAUGAUCCUGCCGAUGCAGGACUUCCUACGCGGUGUCUUCGCCACAAUGCUGUUCAAGGCUCUAAUGGACUCCUGCGGCAAACACCUGCGCUGGGUCUUUGAUCAUUUCAUGUUCUCCGCCCAUCCGGAAAGGGGUGUCUUCGGGAUACCGAACUACGAGGACAUGCCCAUCUGUGAGAUCCCAUCGUCGGCGGAUCAAAGGACGAUUGUGACAUACUCGGGCUGGAUGAACGAGAUAGACAGCUACGAUCCGCACACCUUCUCCUUCCACCUGACACGAUCAAUCUAUGUGCGACUGGAUGGCUGCAUCCUGAAUAUGUCCGGCACCCAAGCGAGGAUACCGAAGCGUUGCAUGUGGAACGAGCAGCCCAUCGAUACCAAGAAGGUCCUUUUCACCGAUCAUCGCUCCUAUGAUCUGAGGGACUGUCGCGUUGAGCUACUGCCCGAAGGCCUGGCCAAGAAGCGCUACUUCAAUCGCAAGUAUCCCAUCCAGCUGACCAUCCAGAACGCCUGUAAGUCACCCUCGGCUAGUCUGUCAACUGAAUCUCUGUUGAUCUCAACGCUCAGGCUGGAGUCCAAGGAGGCCCGAACAUCACUAAGCCUUGCCGAGGGCUCCACGCCAGCCGCUGAGGAUCAGGAUAAACAGAAUCUUGCCGCAGACAUGAGACGCAUUCAAUCGAACUCGAACUCGAACUCUGAACAAUCUCGGAACAAUGUCUAUGCGGACGUGGAGCUGAACGACAUCUCGGUGCCCUGUGGCGAUGAGGUUCGCCUGUUGCUCUUCACGCGAUGUGACCGGGAGAAGGAGGACUGGUAUCGCCGCUUCAUCGCCGCCAGCAAGGGGCGUGUCCAUGAGCAGGAGCUUCAGGUGCCGAUGGCACGUUUUGUGGAGGACACUGACCUGCAGAUGGCCGCCGCCAGGCAGGCAGCAGCCCGCAUGGACGACGCCAUGGGUGGACUCAAGGCGGUCCCGAAGGAUAAUCAGAUGGAUAAUCGGAGCUUGGGCGAGGUAUCGUUUGCCACCACUGUGACUGAAGGUCAGCAGACGCCCGAUUUAGAGAUCGAAGAGAUAACCUUGGAUGAUUUACUUACCGAGGCGCCAAAGGAGGAGACAUUCGAGGGAAUGAUCAUGAGUUCCGAUGUGUCUAGGAAUCCUCCAGAUUAUGUCCGUUUCAUGUCCGUCUACCAGAAAGCUUGCCGACAGUCCCAGAUCCCAGUUACCAAAGUAUCCCGCCUCGAGAACGGCUCAGAGAAAAAGAAAAAUCGGCGCGCCAAGCGCCAAGAACAUGAAUUAUGGAAGGGCGUUAACCAUUCCCUGUUUCUGGGCCCCUCCGGCAGCGUAGUCUGGGCCAAUGUCCUGAUGGGGCGGUGCCUCUUCAGCAUGCUGCAUGACGCGAUACUCCAAGAAAGGAUCAAGGAAUUUCUGCAGAAGAAGCUCAACUCCGUUAAGUUGCCCAGCUACAUGGAGGAGGUGAUCAUAACGAACAUCUAUAUGGGCGGAUCGCCCGUGCUGUGCCAUCGAGUCUCCCAGCCUAUGCUGGACGAGCGCGGUGUGUGGGUGGAUGCGGACCUCACCUACGAGGGACUGGCUCACAUUACGGUGACCACCAAGCUCAAUUUGCGGCGAAUCCGAGCCAAGGCCAAGGCCACGCCAUUGCAAGCCGAAAGCGUUCCCAGCGCAUCGGCCCAGCGAGAUCUACCUCAGUAUAUGGGGGACGAUGACACACCGAUGGACAGCACGACCGCCAUCUACGACAGCGAUGGCGGGAGUAGUGGCUCCUCCGACGAAGUUGACAGCCCACCGACGGGCGCCACAACUGAGAAUGCGUCCAGGACUGACUCCCAAAACACGCCGAGGAAAACACAAAGCAUCUUCAAGAUGGUCCAACGGAAAGCCGGAUCAAAACUAUCCCGAUAUGUCAAUGAGCUGCCGUACGUGCAGCGACGCAUAGAGAGAAUGAAUGCAAACAUCACGCUGCGCGUUGAUCUCAAUGGCAUGGUGGCUCGUGGGACAAUCAACAUACCGCCCCCGCCGUCCGAUCGGGUGUGGUUGUGCUUCCGGGGGCCACCACGAUUGUGGAUAUCCACGAAGCCUCAAGUGGGCGACAAGUCCGUCGACUGGACAUUUGUUACCAACGUCAUUGAGAGCAAGCUGUGCGAGACUGUCAACAAGUUUUUAGUCUACCCGAAUAUGGUGGAUGUUACCAUACCCCUCCUGGCCAAACCCAGCUACGAGGACGAGUAGCCCAACUAAAUGUCUAAACGCAUAUUAUCAUUUGACACAAAGUGUGUGCACAUUCAG